AUGGAAGACCCGAUCUAUGCAGUAAGAACGCGGCAGAAUGAAGAAACGCCACAGUCAUUGCCAUUCCGUCAAGCUGGAGCAAGACCAUAUCUAACUGGGACCGGCUUAGAAGCAGCCGACAGUUCAGGCGAUGAAGCGCUUGCGCCAUACACUCUGCUCUCCGAUGAGCAAGAUUCUCCCCCAAACACGCCUGCUCCUGUCGCCUCUGCUGGAGCUCCCAAGGCGACCCUGAGUAAUAUUCGGCCGAUCUCGAACCCUCUCGCAAAUAAUUUUCUAAACAUUCUCGAGCAGUCCUCAAGUAAAAAUCAAGAUAGUCAAAUCACCAGUGCUGUCGCCAUGGAUAAGCGAUUUGCUGACACCAACGAGCGGGCAGCAAUAUCUCUCUUCUCUCCCCCAAGCUACUCCUCAUUCCCGAGGUCAAGCCAGUCUUCCUCCAACAAUAGCCACCACCACCCUCAGCAGCAGCAACAACAACAACAACAACAACCCACCUUCCGGGUCUCAUCCGUCUCUUCUGUCUCCUCUGCAGCAAAUACUACUGCUGCCGCUGCCUCUUGUUUGAAUUCUAAGGGUUCCUACCACUCUUACUAUACUCCUGCUGGCUCCCAUUCCCCUCACUUCCAUCCCUCACAAAUCCCUCGUCUGUUGCCCCAACACCAAGCCGAUUGCUUGACCCCUAACCACACCUCUAAACGUACCUUUGAAAGGUCGUCUAAGUCUUCUAGUCACUCCCACCAUCAACGUCCUCCUAAAAACUUUAACCCCGAACUUGCUUCGGCUAAGGCUUCCCAACAACAACAACAUCAUCUUCUCCAUCAGCAACGAAAAAGCUCGGUCUUGUUCGAUCAUCGUCAACCUUACUUGCAUUCCGAUCAGCCCUUUCAUCUCGAAAACUCCCCCGAACUUCACUUCCCAAACGCCCUGAUCUUCCCUUGUGCCCAACAAGAAUCUGACCCUGAAUUUAGCUUGUUCCCCGAAGGUCUUGAACUUAUCGAUUCCACUAAAGAAAAAAUGGCCAACAACAACAACAGCAGCACCAAGGCUUCUACCGCUUCCAACCACAACCUCGUUGGUCAUCGAAUUGAUCAUGGUCGUUUGGAGUUCAUGAGUGUCCUGGGACUAGGCGCUUAUGGUGUUGUCUAUCUCGCCCGAGAUCUCACUUCGCCCGACAUGGAGAAACCUAAGUUAUAUGCGGUCAAAGCGCUCAACAAGAUCGGCCUAGACGCGCGUCAAAAGUCCUUCCAAAGGCGCGAGAUAGCGCUACAUUCGCUAGCCUCAUCGCACCCGUCGAUCGUGACCUUGCAUGCGGUGAUUGAGUCGCCCUCGUGCAUCUUUGUGAUCCUGGACUAUUGUCCAGAUGGAGACUUGUUCGGGAUGAUUACGGAGAAACAACGCUAUCUCGGCAAGACUGAGGCCAUCAAGAGCGUCUUCAUCCAGAUCAUCGAGGCCGUUCAGUUCUGUCAUCGUCUCGGUAUCUCCCAUCGUGACCUCAAACCUGAAAACAUCCUCUGUAAGAAACAGGGCGAUGACGUCGUCCUCGCCGACUUUGGGCUCGCUACUGCUGAGAAGACUAGCUCUGACUUCGGCUGUGGAUCUACUUUUUACAUGAGUCCUGAGUGUCAAGGUGGUUUAUUCGAGCGAUUGGGCGCCUACUCUACAUUACAUAAUGACAUCUGGUCACUUGGAGUGAUCCUGGUCAACUUGAGUUGCGGACGUAACCCAUGGAAGCAAGCCUGUCCAUCUGACGAAACCUUCCGAGCUUACCUAGCCAACCCGGACUUUUUGCGCUCGAUCCUGCCGAUCAGUGAGCACUGUAACUCGAUCUUGAAGCGGAUCUUUUCCUUGAACCCGGUGGCGCGGAUCUCUUUGGAAGAAUUGAAGACGGAAAUCUCCGAGAUCAAGAACUUCAACAUGACUACUGCUGAGCUUAGUCGUGCUACCCGUGCAACCAGGGAGGCUGCUCGUGCCUGGAGAAAGGAUAUCGUACCUAGCCCCAAGGUCUCGCAAAUCACCACCCCUGAUCAACCUUCUUCCUGGAAGAACGCGCUCGCCAAGAAGACCAAGCAGCCCGCCUUACCUCAGCCCAAGUUGGCCGAGGUUUGCUCGAGCAGGAACUUUGCUGGGAUCCGCGGCGAGGGCGUCAAGCGUCCAAUGCAGUACGAGAGCUGUUCAAGUAGCUCUACCAAAUUCACGGACACCUCUUCCAUCGGCAGCUUCGACCAACUUGGAUCACCCAUGCCUGGGCUCCAUGUUACGCCGCAGAAGGCGCAUACGCAUGUUAAGAAGCCGUCUGCUGAGGUGGUCGCGACUGGCCCCUUGGUCUCUGCGUUCACCUCGACCUCGAUCUCGAAGAGUUCGUCGGUUUCUUCUGAUGAACAAGCCAAGCGUCCUCGCGGCUUCUCGAGCCGCUUGCGCAAGCUCUCCAACGCGGCCUCCAGCUUCAGCCAAUCGUCCCAUAAGGACGAGAACCGGACCCCGAGCAGCCGCAAGAAACUCUUCACCAAGCCGCUCAGCUUCAACCGUCCCAACGCGCCCUCGCCGAUCGUCGUCAAGCCUUACGCCGCCGGCCAAUCCGCCCAUGUCUCGCCCACUUCCGCCGCUGGCGUUGCUGCUGCUAAUGCUGCCGGUGGAUUGGUGACGCCGACUAACAAGAAGGGCAAGCAUGCCACCCUCACCUUCUUGCCCUCCACCCCCCCACCUUCGGUCUCCCCCAGUAACGCGACCUUCGGAUUCAUCAAGAAACCCGCUAGCCGCUUCUUCCACCCUUCCGGCCAUCCCAACCAAGCCCUUCCGCCUACCCCGUCGACUCCUAACCAUCCCUCGGCGUCCUCAUCGUCCUCCUCAUCCUCCUCUGACGACCUCUCCAUUAACUCCUCUUCUGCUACCACUGCUUCAACUGAUCCUACGACUACGACGACUACGGCCGCCUCUUCUUCGACGGAGAAGACGCGCAGAAUGCUCCCCAGAUCUCCGCUCUCUAACGUCCAGAUUCAGAAGAAGAAGAAGGUCUACGACCAACAUAAGUUCUCGCUGUUCUCCUCCUCGGACGAAGAUCUUAGUGACGAUCAUCAGCAUCCGUAUGGGGCUAGUGGCAGUCGUAAGGACUUGGUCGAUGAGGACUUCGAUAUCGAUCAGGACGAUACCUCCGUCGAUAGUAGCUUCACCGAUCAUCUCAACACCGCACCCGCCCCCGUUCCCGCUACCAUUGAGUAUAAGAAACCUUUCAGCUCGUACACCCAAUGGCUUUCUAACAAAAAAGAAUGA